AUGAAAGGGGAUUUUAAAACUUUACUUCGGAAUUUUUGUCUCGAUAGCAGUGUAUUGGGACUUAAAUAUUUCUAUAUAUAUCCGGAUCCGGUCUCGAGAUGCUACUGGGCUGUAUCCAUCGUACUCGCUUUCUUCAUGUCGUGUGCACUUUCUAUUCUCCUGUACAAUCGGUUCGCGGAAAUGCCGACGCGCAUCGCAGUCGAGAACCAGUACGCGUCCAUACAUGACGUGCCCUACCCCGCGAUCACAAUAUGCUCGCCCAAUCAGAUCACUAUCUCCUCUUUGGAGCACUUUGAGAAGACUCUUGCUCCCGAAAUAAUGGGCAUGGUCCCGCAGAGGUGCGACGACUUCCUGAAACUGUGCUAUCUAAAAAGGAAGCGUUAUCCCAACUGCAAGGGUCUGUUCGAGCCGAUACUGACGAAACACGGGAUGUGCUGCAUAUUUAACAGCAUCUACCGUUAUAAUGAUAAAAUAAGAAACGAAAAAGUGCCAGAUUUCGUACCGCAUACAACAUUCAGGGGGGGUCUCGCUGAGGCGCUGACCGUUGUCGCGGACUACAAUCCUGAGAACGCAUUAAGCGGUACGCUUCUCCUUGCUGGAGCAGUUCGGAUAAUGUUUACGAUGCCCGACGAGUUUCCCGCGGAUGAUGAGUCUAAUUUGGUGCGCGCAUAUACGGAAUCAUUUCAUUCCAUUCAUGCAACUUAUACUUACUGCUCCGAAGAAGUCACGACUUUGCCUUAUUGGAGGUCUGCUGCAGGUGUCCUAGAGUCAUCACUUAGAUAUAGGUUCUCUGAUAACUAUUUUCCAAUCUCAGUUAGAAUGGACAGGAGGAAUUAUUCUCGCCGCCGCCAGUGCUAUUUCGAGGACGAGUACUUUUUGCCGUUCUUCCACCAUUUCCACAACUCGGACUGCGACCUACUGUGCUACGUGCACUCGAUCGAGGACAUCUGCCACUGCACAAUGAUGUACAUGCCCAACGUCUGGCCGGGCCGAGCGUGCAACAUCACCAGCAUCGACUGCAUUGUGAAGGCUAAGCUGGAGAUGACUAAGCAGGGUAGCGCUGGACUGUGUAUCUGCCUGCGGGAUUGCGUGUCGUAUCGCUACCGGGUCGAGCUCUCUAUCGGCAACCUUAUGGCGCUACCAAACUUGCACACGUCUUACUUCGCUGAAAACAAGCAGCGACAGUUUUGGCAGACUUUGUGCGCAGGUAUUCAAUUUAACAAGAGCACGUCCAUUCUACAUUUCUUCCAUAAUUCGGUUCUGGUGAAGCAGAAACAGGAGACUGUAAUGUCGCUCAUAAGUUUAGCAUCGAACCUCGGAGGCGUGUUUGGACUAUGCUUGGGCUGCAGUGUAAUGAGUGUGCUGGAGAUAUUCUACUAUUUACACAGCGCUAUCAGAAAUAAGAUACAAGAUCAUUUUCAGAGACUUAGGGCUAGAAAGAAUAGGGUUGAUUUCAUACACGAGGAAUGGGUUAAUAAGAACAAAAGUAGGGAGAGCUACAAGAAUUUCCACCGCAACAGGUUCCAUAAGCAGCCUAUCUUCUCGAACAGAAAACAAAGACCUAUUAUUAUUUAG